AUGCUUCUCCUCCUACCCUUGGUUACCGCCCUCGCGCACGGCGCGGCGCUCACCCCGCGGCAGAGCGCCACCCAGAUCGUGCGGCUGAGCUCGAUCGAGAACGUCGCGGUGCGCCCCAACGGCCAGAUCCUCGCGACCAACAUGAACUCGGCCACGCUCUACUCGAUCGACCCGGUGGCCAAGACGUCCAGCACGGCCCUCUCCGUCUCGGGCGCGACCGGCCUCUCGGGCAUCGGCGAGUACCAGCCCGACGUCUUCGCCGUCAUCGGCGGCAAGUCCGUCUUCAAAAUCGACUUCACGACCCAGCCACCUAAAUCAACGCUCAUCAAAACCAUCUCGGAGGCAUCCAAUCUCAACGGCCUGGCCGUCUUCACCAACACGUCCGUCCUGGUCGCCGACGCGGGCAAGGGCGCCGUGUACAAGCUGGACGUCAGCACGGGCGAGUACGCGGUGGUGCUGCAAGACCCGACCAUGGCGCCCUCGGGCGGGAUUCCCUUCGGCAUCGACGGGAUCAAGUACCGCGACGGGGUGGUGUGGUACACCAACAUCUUCAAGAACAGCUUCCACCGCGUGGCCGUCGACCCGGCCACGGCGAAGGCCACGGGCGCGGUGGCUACGCUGUGGACAAAUCUGAUGGGGGAUGAUUUGUGCUUCGGGCCGAACGGCAAGAUCUACGUUGCUACGAAUGGCAGGAACUCGCUCGUGGAGGUGGAUCCGGCGGCCGCCAGUCCCCGUCCGACGAGUGUCGGUAGCGUGACGGGGUCGACGUCGUGUGCGUUUGGCCGGACCGAGAGGGAUGCCAAUGUCGCGUAUGUCGGGGCCGGUCAGGGGGUGUAUGCUGUUACUGUGAAGGUGUAAGUGGUAGGACUGGGUGGCGGCCAGUGUAGUAGAUGGAUGGCCGCAUGAUACCUGGUACUCGAUGAAUCCCUUGUUGGAAUGGG